AGCUGUUGAAAAUCAACAUAACCUCAAAAUGCUUGGUUACGUUCGUUACUGUCUCUACUGUUAAAUUCAAAUCAAUUGAAAUUUGUUGUGACUAAACAAAUAACUGAGUUUAGGAUAUAGUUAUAGAUAAAAUCUCUUCCUGAAUAACCAUUUAUUUUAUUAAUUAUUUUGUUGUAUUGUGAAACUGCUUUUUAUUCUAAAUUGAUAGUGAAGAUCAAAUGCUAUGAACACAACAACGAAAAUGAUUCUGUGUAAGUUAAACUCCCCAACUAUGGGAAUAUCCAUGCAAUCAAUGCACUCAUAUUUCCUGAAGAAGUCCCUCCAUACUUCGGCUGUUUGUCACAAAAUACAAGCAGGGCGAUACAAGAAAUCAGUCAAGGGAGACAAAUCCCUCACAUAUGAAAUGGCUAUGAGGCCUGAAGCUAUUGCUCAUACAAAAUCCUGGAAUUCUUGGAAUACAAGUAACUUGGUUGGUGGUCUGCGACCCUCAGAAACUGCGGUUGAUGAUGAGUUCAUCCGGAGAUUUGUAACAGGAACAUGGCACAACCUGUUUCUGUCUGAAAUAAUCAUCAAACGGCAACACAACUUAAUAAGGGUAGCUGGUAUUGUCCACCGAGGAAUACCUGCACGGAAGAUGUACUUUUUAAUUGGCUACACGGAAGAACUUCUUAGUUACUGGCUGCAAUGUCCACUGAAGUUGGAAUUGCAAACUGUUGAUGAUAGAAAGGAUGUUGUUUUUAAAUAUAUAUAAAAUGUAUUUACAUUUUUGUAUAUUUAUUUUGUUGUCUUUUUUGUAGUGAUUAAUAAAAAUACAAAAACUACUA